AUGAACCAGGCGCAGAAAGACCAGAUCCAGAAGUACAUUCAGGCCGCCGCGAAUGAAGGCAUGAUGGCGAUCUCCAAGAAGGUUUUGGACUACUUGGAGCAGGAGACUCUGAGCUACGUUCAGAGGAUUAAAUGCAUCCACCUUGGGGUCCACCAUGAAAACAGAGGCGGAAUAGGAAUUGACUUGAACCAUAUGGUGGAUCUUGUGAAGAACAUCUCAGCUGUGGGGUACGUGGAUGACAUCUCCGCACGCGUUUGCAUCGAGUUGGAUGGUUCACCAGCCUCGGAGUGCACAAGGGCUUUCAACCGAAAGCUGGCGAUGGAGUCCAAUGGAACCCUUCCAAGUUCGGAGGAGAUCAGAUUUGCGACCAUUUGUGGAAGCCAUGCCAACAUGGCAGCUCGUGCAAUCAUGCAUGGUAGCAUGGUUCACGACAUACCGAAUGAAUGGAGACGAGCAAUCCAAGAUGGUGCAGAAUGGAAGGUCAUCAAAGCAGUGGUAUGGCAGCAGUUCCCAGAGUUGGUGGACAUGGUUUGCCAGAGUGGAAACACCAACCAGAGCAUCUCCAAGCAGGAGGACGAGAUGCAGCUGCUGAACAAGAUAAGACAGGCAUGCAAGGCUUAUGGUGGCAGUGGAGCGCCGAAGUGGCAGGACGUGGCAGGCGCGGCUCUGCGCUCACGACCAAAGUGUGGACCUUCAGGUCCCGCAAUCUUUGGCUUUGUGGUGAGAUUUGGUGGCUCCAGCAAGUUGUUGGCGGACACACAAGCCUACGUGAGAGCGUGUGGCAAGGGGGGCCGAGAACUUGGGCAGGAAACUUGGGCCACACUAUCCCAAGAGAUGAAGAACUUCCCCGACCACCUCCGUUGGAGACACGCAUUGCUGAAGUAUGGAUUUGCUGGUGACACCACCUUGACAGUCACAGACGCCAAACGAGCGAUGACAAACAGGGAGGUUCUGCAAAAGGCACUCUCCGCCAUGAAACUGCUGGACCAGUGGACCACAUUGACCAAAGCCUACGCCAACGAUGACAACAAGCAGUUGAAGUUCCUGCGUGCACAUGGCAGCUUAGAGGUGCACUUGGCAGCAUGUGUGCUGGACAAGAAAAACAGAACGCACGACAAGAUGGAAGAUGCAGCCCGGCAGACACUGCAGGAUUUUUCAAAAGAAGUUGGCGUGGCACUGGCGCCGCCAAGCCAAUGGAGCCAGACUCAGACUGAGAAGAAGCCUCCUCCCAAGAAGCCAUCCAACAACACUGUCGUGAGAGAAUACAACGACAAAGGUCAGCUGACAAACGCAACCGAAGUCUUGGCUUCGAUGGGCUUCGCUGUUGGCUCUCAAGUGCAGCGCGGCCAGACCGUGGCGAAGAUCGAUCGUGUCCAAGGUGACGAGGUGCACUUGAUUGUGGAGAGCAACAAAGUCUUCGUGUCCACUGCCUCCUUCAUUGGCAAUGAGUGGAAGCAGUACAGCGAGCCUAAGCCACAGCUGGAGGUGACGUGGCUGCAGCAUUCCCCACCUUCCAGCGUGGAGUUCCAACAUUGUCUGUUGAAGGCCAAGGUCUUCGGUGCUAUGGCAGAGCAGUGCAAGAAGUUGCAAGGCUGGGAUGCUCUGCAGAUCUUUACGAACCCAAAGGCUAUCAAAGUCACAAAGCAUUGGCCUGCCAAGAAGCUUCAAUUGCCGUGCGCCAGUACUAGUGUCAUGCUGAUUGAGGCAAACAAAAUCACCUCGGACCAGUUGCCCAUUGGAACAUUUGAGAACUUCAUGGUCGUCAUCUGCAGCUAUUCCAAGACUGGCAACGGCGCAGGCGAUGGCUUCCAGAACCCCUUCUGGCUCGUACCCAGGACAAAUGAAGCUGAUGAUGUGAACAUGGAGGUCUACCCGUCCAUCGAUGUCUUGAAGACGAAGGUCAUCAAGCUUGACAAGGAGAUUGGUUUGCCAGUCCUUCGCAACUCUGACAAGUUGGAGGCAGGAGAUGAGCUAUUGCUGUACAUGGAGAAAAAGGACAAGGCGCAGGGUGAGCCGUUGAGGGCUGGACCUUCCAAGAGGCUGCGAAAGACUUGA